ACUCUAGCCAUGGCCUCUCGUUCUCCUUCUCCCUCUCCUGCCUUCUCUUGCUCUGCGUGUCAGAUGUUCAGUUACACCUCUGCCUCGUUUAAUGAUAAUGGUAUGUGUAAUAAAUGUAGUCUGUUUGCUGUACUCGAGGCGAGGCUUAGCAAAUUAGAGUCCCGGCUCCGCACCAUGGAAUCUAGUUCUGCAGCUAAUGCUAAACAGCCCCCUGUAGCCGGUGCGGAGCAACCCAGCAUAGCUCCCGUUAGCAUUCCCCCGGCAGUUCCCGAGCAGCCGGGAAAGCAGGCUGGCUGGGUGACUAUUCAUAAGGACAGGUGUAGUCAUGAGCAAAAGCCCACUGCCGACCACCACCCAGUUCACGUUUCAAACAUAUACUCCCCGCUCAGUGACACACCCGCUAAGGAGCCAACUCUGGUGAUUGGCAACUCCAUUUUGCAGAACGUGAGGAUAGCGACUCCAGCGCCCAUACACCGUAAAAAUGUAGUUAAAUGUAUUCCCGGGGCCAGAGCGGGCGACACUGAGUCUUAUUUAAAGCUGCUGACUAAGGAUAAGUGUAGAUAUAAUAAAAUUGUUAUUCACGUAGGCGCUAAUGACACCCGACUACACCAGUCGGAGGUCACAAAAGUUAAUAUAGAAUCGGUGUGUAAAUUUGCAAAGACCAUGUCAGACACCGUAGUUUUCUCUGGUCUCCUGCCCAAUCUGACCAGUGAUGACAUGUAUAGCCGCAUGUCUUCACUCAACCGCUGGCUGUCGAGGUGGUGUCCAGAAAACGAGGUGGGCUUUGUAGAUCACUGGAAGAGCUUCUGGGGGAGACCGGGUCUGGUUAGGAGAGACAGCAUUCAUCCCAUUUUUGAUGGAGCAUCUCUCAUAUCUAGAAAUCUGAGAGAGUUUAUUAGGAAGCCAAAGCCCUGA